GUUACUUCCACGAACCACCUCGUUUGGAUUGGUCAGAAAGCAUUUUUGUACCAUUUACACUAGACGUAGUUCAACUGGAAAUAUUUAGAAACAAAUUUUCUAUACUAUUUUUUCCUCAUUUUGAACACAAAAAUCGUUUACAAAAAAGCGUUGAUUUCCGAAACUUUAGAUAUGAAUUCUUCCAGCGUGACGCCGCGUUCAGUUCGUAGUAACAAAGCAUUCUUGCUGAGGACAGCUGGAAAGGCGGAAAAGCAAGCCUCAGACAAAGCUACAUGGUCUCGCACUUCUUCUUGUGGUGGCGUCUUCUCUACUCCUCCCACCCAGAAUGGCGACGGAAGCCCAAACAAAGGUAGGCUCAGUCACAUUCCAAAUAGGCGUGGAGCGAGUCGGUCGUCUAUCCAUUCGCGAAAAACUUCUCUGGAACGGGUUACUUCUUCGACGAAAGCGCGCCCGUGUGUCAGUACGUAUUCGUUGCCCAAUCGACGGGUCGAGCCCGAGCAUAAAGUAGUUGAGCCCGAUCGGAAAACUGAUAUCGAUGAGUUGAAUCCCCCCAAGCGGAACGUGGUUCCCAUAAAGACGCAUGCCCAGUCAGCACAAUUGGUUAAGUCAACGACAUGCGAACCUUAUCAAAAUGUAAAGAAGCCUGAAAAGAUGUCGCAUCGCCGUGUCCUGGAGAUGAACCGGAUGCGGGUCUUUGAUACGCAGAAAAAAAAACUGGAGAACCUGCAGUCCGAGUUUAUGCACAAGAUCCGGUUAAUGGGUUCGGAGCUCCGGAAUCAAGGGGUCUUCAAGUUUGUGGGUCUGACUGUAAACGAUGAAUGCAAGCUUGUGGUCCACCAUGAUGAUCUACUUCGAUUGCCCAAGAGUAUUCCCGCCGAAAGUAUGAAUGACUUGAAAACCAGGUGUCGUGCGAUUGUAGAUCAGGGGGUUUUGUUAAUCUACGACCAUAUACCAAGAAUUCAGAGGGCUAAAAAUGAUCUCGAGGCUAGUGAAAAGCGUGAGGAAACUCAAAAAAAGUUGUCUAACCUAGUGGAAGAAAAAAUGAAUUUAAUCGUCGAGGAGAUCGAACAGUUGUGCGGUGCAUGCUCCAAACAAGAGUCACCCAACAAAAGUCUCUAUCGCGAGAUGUCCGAGUUGCGUUCCCAGAAACAGGCCAUGGAGGUUCGUUAUUUUGACGCCCAGAAGGAGCACACUGAACAGAUGAACCAGUUGCGGAUCGAGCUCGAUGCCAAGCUGAAACAGGAGCUGGCCAGUCGAGAUCAGAUCAUUGUAGAGCUGAGAAAGAGCCUGCGGCGAAGCGAGGAUAUGCUCAGUGAGCAGUCCAUUCGAUUGGCCGAGAACAAUUCCAAGCUAUUGACCGAGGAUUCCACCAUCGAGGUACUGCGCUCCGAGGUAGCCAAGCUCAAGACUGUAAAAGAGCAAAUGGUUAAGCGUCUGGAAGAGGCGGACAAAGGUCUGGAGCGGGCUCGAAAUUCCGUCGAUAAGAACUUGAAACACAUCGAUUACCUGGAGGGCGAACUGAAGGAGGCCCGUGAGCUCAUUGUCCAUCUGGAACAGCGUCCAGAUGCCAUGGACGCGGGAGUUAAAGAAAAGGAUUUGAUCAUUGCCGAUUUGAAACUGCAGCUGCAAAGUCUCGAGCAGCAUAAGAAGGUCAUGAACAAACAGGUGGCCAAUACAAUAAAGCAGCAUGCCGACUUUGAAGAGCUGGGUGGAAACUAUAAGGAAGCUCUACAGCAGAUAAGCGAUCUAAGGGAGACCCUAAGUGUUACCAAUGCCAAAUUGGAGAUGCAAUCCAAGCUCGAAGUGCAGCUGCGCAAGGAAGUGUCCAAGAUGCGCGAGCAAAUGGUUAUCGAUCAGAAGUUGCUGAACGCUCGCAGCGAAUUGAUCGCAACACUGCAGAAGAAUGAGGAGGAUAGCCGCACCAAACUAGACCAAAUGUACUAUCAAGUUAGCGAGAAAGAAACGCUUAUCAAUCAGGUAAACAACAAGCUGAGUUCGAAGGAGGAGGAGUUCUAUAAUCUCUACGGGACCCUCACGCACAAACAAAGGGAAGUGAGGAGGCAGGAGCAUAUCAUCAAGUUGUUAAAGGAGCAGAAUUCGCGGGUAUCAUUGUUGCGAGCCAAUCAGGACGAGCGGAAUGCCACGAUGGAGGAGGAAAUCAAACAUCUCAAAAACGCCCUAUAUUCAAUAACAUUAGGGCCAUGUACCGUUGAAUGAGGUAAAUGUCAAUUGAAGUCCUAAUAUCAACUGGACCAGUUUCCAAAAUAUUUGACCGUAAUUAUGCCAAACUAAUAGUUGGCAAUAUGGGUGAACAUUUUUUUGAAGUUCUGCCGGCUGGCGAAAUGGAGAGCAUUAGAAGCGGUGGCCACCCUGUGCGUGUGGACUCUUCCUGCAAGUUUCUGCAAGAGCCCAAUCUGCAAGAGCCCAAUCUGCAGGAACCCAAUCUGCAGGAGCCCAAUCUGCAAGACGACACUCUGCAGGAACCCAAUCUGCAAGAACCCAAUCUGCAAGAGCCCAAUCUGCAGGAACCCAAUCUGCAAGACGCCAUUCUGCAGGAGCCCAAUCUGCAGGAACCUAAUCUGCAAGACGCCACUCUGCAGGAGCCCAAUCUGCAAGACGCCACUCUGCAGGAGCUCAAUCUGCAAGACGCCACUCUGCAGGAGCCCAAUCUGCAAGAGCAGGAGAUGUCCCAACCACGUGGUCGCAUCUUUGAGCCACUGCAGCAUCAACUGCUCGACGGCUUAAUUCGCCCCGCCAUUUAGUGCGCUUGCGCUAUCAACUACAACAUCCAAAUAUUCGUCCUACAGAUCCUGCGCGUCCACAAAAAGUCGCAAAUUCCCUGCCACCCUCCUCUGCGAUUGCGAAGACACCAGCGAUCCCAAGACCAGCGUUAAACAUCCAAUUUGAACUACAAGAACCCAACCCAAAUAUCAACCCAACCCAACACAUCCCAAAGGAGAACGCUUAGCAUGGAAAUUCUUAAGAUGAACAAACCAAAUUUGUUGUAACCGUUGGCCAAAUGGCAUUGUUUUUUGUACCCAUACAUAUGUAAAAAGUAAUGGCAG